GUGCGCGUCUGCGGAGCGCAGCUGGAGGGAGCCGGCUUCGUGCAGGAGAGAGGAGCGAGUCCAGAAGACAGAGCCGGAGGGACAAAGUCCGGGGGAUGGCAGCCCUGGGGCGCGCGUCCUCGCUGCUGUCGCUGCUGCCGCUGCUGCUGGUGCCCGCUGCGGGCGCAGGGGGCGCGCGGUGGCGCGGGGAGGGCACCAGCCCGCACCUACGGAGCAUCUUUCUGGGCCGCUGCGCGGAGUACAGCUCCCUGCUGAGCCCGGAGCUGCGGGACAAGAACUGCACGGCUAUCUGGGAAGCCUUUAAAGUGGUUCUGGACAAGGAUCCCUGUUCUGUAUUUCCCUUGGACUAUGACCUUUUUAUUAGCCUCUCCAGACACUCCAUUCCCAGGGACAAGUCCCUGUUCUGGGAAAACAACCACCUCCUUGUCACUAGCUAUGCAGAGAAUGCCCGUCGCUUUAUGCCUCUGUGUGAUGUUCUGUAUGGCAGGAUUGGAGAUUUUCUGAGCUGGUGUCGACAGGAAAAUGCCUCCGGGCUCGAUUAUCAGUCCUGCCCUACGUCAGAAGAUUGUGAGAACAACCCUGUGGAUUCUUACUGGAAAAUGGCAUCUAUGCAGUAUUCGAGGGAUAGUACUGGGGUGAUCCACGUCAUGCUGAAUGGUUCAGAGCCCAAAGGAGCCUAUCCUGUUAAAGGUUUUUUUGCAGAUUUUGAAAUUCCCUACCUCCAGAAGGAUAAAAUCACACGAAUUGAGAUCUGGGUUAUGCAUGAAAUCGGGAGACCAAAGGUGGAAUCCUGUGGAGAAGGCAGUGUGAAAAUCCUGGAAGAGAGACUGGAGAAAAUGGGCUUUCAGUACCGCUGUAUUAAUGAUCACCUACCAGUGAAGCUCUUAAUGUGCGUGGACCACAGCACUCAUCCUGAUUGUGCCUUAAACUCAGCAGUAACCUCCACUCGAAGAGAAGCCCCACCCCUCUGUGCAGAACAUGGUGCCAGCCUCUUCAUUCCUUUCUUAGUGGUUCUGGCUUCAGUUAUUCAACUGUGACUGGAAGCCCAGCUGUGCUGCCCUACCAUCCCCCAGCCCUGAAACCCGCCCUUGCACAUUCCUCCAUCUUGUUCUGUGCAUACCAGGUGGUUCCACUGUCUAAAGAAGCUUCCUUCUGGGAAAAAAUGUUAAUGUUUUCAAUGAUACACACGCUCGGGAUUUCAGAGACAAGAAAUUAGUCUAGUUCUACUUAGCAGGUUAAAAUUGCUGCAUUAGAAUGAAAGCAAGUUAUUAGUUUCUUGUGUCAUAUUGUAUAAAGCAUUGAGACCCAGACUAUUGUUACAUAAUAAAAUAUUUUUAGAAAAUUCUAGUAGAAUUAGAUUUUAUAUUUUUUCUGAAUUUUCCUAUAUCCCCUGUGGGGCACACUGCUUGCUUAUUGAUAGCUUAAGAUAUAUAUACACUCUAUAAAUGUAUAUAUAUUUGACGUGCAAAGAUUUAUGAAUAAAGGUGUUCACUUAAUGGUUAUGUAUAAUGGGGAGGAGAAACUCAUAAUGUCCAAUAAUAGGGAACUGUUUUCAUAUGGUUUGGUAUAUCUGUAGGUUAGAAUUGCAUUUAACUGGUAAAAAUCAUGUUUACCAAUCCAAAUGUCCUUCAGCUGGUGAACGGAUGGGCUCAGUGUGGUACAUCUAUACAAUACUCAGCAACACUCUCUAUAUAGUCAGAAAGAAAAUGUUACAUGAGUAACACUCAUGUGCUAAUACAAGAAGCCAGACCAAUAGGCGACAUACUGUAUUAUUCUACUUAUAUGACAUUCUGGAAAAGGCAACACUGUAGGAAUGGAGAAUAGAUCAGUGGUAGCAAAGGGUUAGGACUAGGGGGAGGGGGUAACUACAAAGGGGUAGUGUGAGGGAAUUUUGGGGGAGUGAGAAACUGUUCUGUAUCUUGAUUGUGGUAGUGAAUCUAUGUCUUUGUCAACACUUAGAACCGUAUAUCAAAAAGAGUAAAUUUCACUGUGUGUAACUGAAAUGUUUUCAAAGAACAUUUAAUGAUAUAGCAAAAUGUCAACAAUAAGUACAAGAAGUGAGAUAUAAAACCUUCUAAAAUAUAAUACAAUUUAACAAAUUCUAUUACGAUAUGCAUAUUGUAAACGAAUGAAAGAAAAAGUAAUAAACUCAAAGGCAGAGCAAUUAUCUCUGGGUGGUGGUCUUAUCAGUGAUUCCUGUUUUUGACUUUGGCAUUUUUGUGUUUCUCGGAUGUUCUCUAAUGAGUAUGUGUUACUUUUAUAAUCAGAAAGGGAGAAAUCCACACACAUAUACACACACACACACGUAUCAUACGUGUGUGGUACUUUGUCUUGACACAAAACAUUUCCAGAAGACAAAAAUAAAACCAAAAGCUUGUCACAGACA